AUGCAGCAGGAUCUCGUGACGGCCGUCCAGGGCAUCCAUCGGUACCUGGCCGGGCCCGCACCUCCACCGGCUGCGACUACCGCCGCCUACGGCCACCCCACGCUGUCGUGGCCGUCCCAGGGGGCGCCUGCAUUGGGCGGGCCACCGCUGCCGCCGUUCCAGGCGGGGCACCCCAGCGGGCCGCCUCUGCCGCUGCUGCAUCUGCCCUGGUCCUCAGUACCCGCGGCGAUCGCCGGGGCCCAUCCGUCGUUCCAGCCGCCGCAGUGGCCCGUGCCGGUUCUCACGGCGCCAUCCGCGCCCGCCCCAGCGCCACAGUGGCCGCACUGGCCCGUGCUAGCCCCAGCCGCGCCGGUCCAGCUCCCACCGCCGCCGCCCAGCUCCGGACUGGGCCAGUCCACACCAGGAGACCUCCCGAUCCAGCAGGUCCGGUUUCCGCCGUCACCGUCCCAGAUCCCGGCCUGGCUAACCGGGACGUCGCCACCGCCAGUUUACACGGAGGCCGGGAACCCACCGGUACCCAUGCUGCAGUCUGGGGCCUCGUCCGGCUCCGCGGGGGCCUAUGACGGUCUCCCCACCGUUGACCGGGCGCCGUCAUCAUCACUACUCUGCACCGCCGAGCCAGUCGGCCAUGGCGCGCCGACCCAGACGCCGCCACGGUUCGCCAAGAUCGACUUCGCCAUUUAUGACGCGCACGCGAGCGCACUUGGCUGGCAUCCUACCACCUCCGCGGUGCAGCCCAGACCCCAGGAUAUCCAGACGGCCAUGUACUACGCCCGCGCGUUCGAGCGCCGCGCGGUGGCCGUCCAGCAGGAGUCACCGUCCCGGGCCACUGGGUCGCUACCCUGGCCAGAUCCCGCUCCGUGUCGGCCUGUUCAGGCUUCCGCGGCACCCCUCGCCGCGACAGCGGCGCGCCCGUUCCGCCGGCUCACCUCGGCCGAGCUACUCGAGCGUCGCCGCCAAGGGUUGUGCUUCAAUUGCGACGAGUCCUACACGCCCAGCCACGCCUGCCCACGACUCUUCUACCUCGAGGUUGCAGACUACAUUCCGGAGGACGCCGUCGCCGCCGACCUUGCCGCCCCAGCUGUUGCGAAGGUGUUUGACGCUGGUUGA